AUGCAGGUUCUGUGGAACCCAAGUCUGGUGGAUUCGGGUUCCAUCGAUCUGAAGUUCAUUGGGUACACAUUCCAAGGUCUGAGGACAGGAAGUGAGGUGGUUAGCCUUGUGAAAACUGAACAGGAAGCGGAGGCGUGUGCAUGGGUGGAGGUGCUGAAUUAUAGAGAGGGCUGGUGCUUCCUGGUACGGGGAUGCUGGGAAUCCCAAAAGGUGAACCUGUGGUAUUUCUGUGUUGAAAGAAAUACCUGGAAAGAUGAUGGCUCAAAUGACGAUGAAGAGGAGGAGGAGGAUGAGGAGGAGGAUGAGACCAGCAGUUCAGACAGUGAGCAGGAAGAGAAUAAAGUUAGAUCCAGACGUCUCCCAGCCCGAAGGAUUUUAAUUAAUUACAUGUAUAUUUUUUGCUGUAAUGAAGACACUCCAAAAAGACAAACUCGGCGAAGAACGGCGACGAAAGUCAGCUACAAGGAAGAUCAGAAUGAUUUUGAGACUGACUCUGAUGACCUCAUUGAGAUGGGGGGUGAUGGGGCGGAGGAGCAGCAGGACGAUGACAGCGAGACCAUAGAGAAAGUCAUGGACACCAGAAUUGGGAAUAAAGGAGCCACGGGGGCGGCAACCACCCUGUAUGCUGUUGAAGCCAAUCGGGACCCAGGCGCUGGGUUUGACUCAGAGAAAGAUGAGGGAGAACCCCAGUUCCUGAUCAAGUGGAAGGGCUGGUCCUACAUCCACAACACCUGGGAGUGCAUGGAUUCUCUUACCCAGCAGAAGGUCAAGGGCCUGAAAAAGCUAGAGAACUUCAAGAAGAAGAACGAUGAGCUCAGUCUCUGGUUGUCAAAAGCUUCCCCUGAGGAUUUGGAGUACUACAACUGUCAGCAGGAACUGACAACUGACCUCAAUAAGCAGUUCCAGAUUGUUGAGAGAGUCAUUGCAACUAAGACAGGGAAGACCCAGGGCCCAUCUGAUUUUCCCUCACACAGUCAUAAGACGUCGUCCUCUUCCAACGAGCCAGAGUACCUGUGUAAGUGGAUGGGUCUGCCCUAUGCAGAGUGUAGCUGGGAGGAUGGAGCGCUCAUUGGCAAGAAGUUCCAGCACUGUAUCGACAGCUUCAACAACCGCAAUAACAGCAAAACCAUCCCUUCCAAAGACUGCAAAGUUUUAAAACAGAGGCCGAGGUUUGUCACUUUGAAGAAGCAGCCAUCUUACAUUGGAGGGGAGAAUCUGGAGCUGCGAGAUUAUCAGCUAGCUGGCCUGAACUGGCUUGCUCAUUCCUGGUGCAGGUGCAACAGUGUGUUACUGGCUGACGAGAUGGGCCUGGGGAAGACCAUCCAGACCAUCUCCUUUCUGUCAUACCUGUUCCACCAGCACCAGCUUUAUGGGCCCUUCCUGCUGGUAGUGCCCCUGUCCACCCUCACCUCCUGGCAGAGGGAGUUCGACACCUGGGCCCCUGACAUGAACGUGGUGGUCUACCUUGGCGACGUCAUGAGCAGGAAGACGAUCCGUGACUAUGAGUGGGUAAACCAGCAGACAAAGAGGAUACGGUUCAAUGCACUUUUGACCACCUAUGAAAUUCUGCUGAAAGACAAGGGCGUUUUGGGUAGUAUAAACUGGGCCUUCCUUGGUGUGGAUGAGGCACACAGACUAAAGAAUGACGACUCCCUGUUGUAUAAAACCCUGAUGGAUUUCAGGUCCAACCACAGGCUUCUGAUCACGGGGACCCCCUUGCAGAACUCCCUCAAGGAACUCUGGUCAUUGCUGCACUUCCUAAUGCCUGACAAGUUUGAGUCAUGGGAAGACUUUGAGGACGAACAUGGUAAGGGUAGGGAGAAUGGCUAUCAGAGCCUGCACAAGGUGCUAGAACCUUUCCUGCUAAGGAGGGUGAAGAAAGAUGUGGAGAAGUCUCUACCCGCCAAGGUGGAGCAGAUCCUCCGCGUUGACAUGACUGCGCAGCAGAAGCAGUUUUACAAGUGGAUCCUGACUCGGAACUACAGAGCUCUGUCUAAGGGUACUCGUGGGAGCUCUUCUGGAUUCCUCAACAUUGUCAUGGAGCUGAAGAAGUGCUGUAACCACGGUUAUCUCAUCAAACAGCCUGAAGAUGUAGACAGCCCCACCCAACAGGAGCAUCUGCAGAACAUUGUGCGGGGCAGUGGGAAGCUGGUUCUUUUGGAUAAGCUACUAACCAGACUACGGGAGAGGGGCAACCGUGUGCUCAUCUUCUCUCAGAUGGUCCGAAUGCUAGACAUCCUUGCAGAGUACCUGGCCUUCAAACGCUACCCCUUCCAGCGUCUGGACGGGUCGAUUAAAGGAGAGAUUAGAAAACAGGCACUCGACCACUUUAAUGCCGAAGGUUCAGAGGACUUCUGUUUCCUGUUGUCCACAAGAGCCGAAGGCCUUGGAAUCAACCUGGCGUCUGCAGACACAGUUGUCUCGCUAUAUAAAUGCAGUCCAUUUGUCAUCUUUGGCUCUGACUGGAACCCACAGAAUGACCUGCAAGCUCAGGCCAGGGCCCACAGGAUUGGCCAAAAGAAACAGGUGAAUAUUUAUCGUCUGGUAACCAAGGGAACGGUGGAGGAGGACAUAAUUGAAAGAGCCAAGAAGAAGAUGGUGUUGGACCAUCUUGUCAUACAGAGAAUGGACACAACUGGACGCACUGUACUGGACAACCACUCAGGGAACUCAAACUCAAAUCCAUUUAACAAGGAGGAGCUGACAGCCAUUUUGAAAUUUGGAGCAGAGGAGCUCUUCAAGGAACCAGAGGGCGAGGAGUCAGAACCGCAGGAAAUGGACAUUGAUGAGAUCCUGCGGCUGGCUGAGACCAGAGAGAGUGACCAGGGGUCGAACGCCACCGACGAGCUGCUCUCCCAGUUUAAGGUGGCCAACUUUGCCACCAUGGAUGAGGGCACUCCCGAGCUGGAGGCUCCGCCCUCAAGGGACUGGGAUGACAUCAUCCCAGAGGAUCAGAGGAGGAAGUUAGAGGAGGAGGAGAAGCAGAAAGAGAUGGAGGACAUUUACAUGCUCCCUCGGAGCCGGAGCUCCAACAAGAAGGUGAGAGGCAAGCUGGAAACCCAUGCACCUGGCUUUUAUCCAGCAGCAUUAUGGGGUAGUGAUGGUGUGAGUGAGGAUUCACUAACCUCAAGAUGGUGUUGUGUUUACCAGCUGUUACCUGUGAUGGUUUUAACUAAUACAAAAUAAUACGUCAAUUGCUUG